UUUAUUGACAUCGAUAUGAUGGCCACGUCACAGGAUUAUUUUGGCAAUCCUUACGCACUUUUCCGCGGACCUCCAACCACAUUGCGUCCGCGUACCUCGCCCUUGGGCGUGGGUGCCCAUGCUCAUGUGGGUUAUGCGGCACUCGAUCUGCAGACUCCGCAUAAGCGGCACAUUGAGACGGAUGUGCGUGCACCGCCCCCGCCGCUGCCACCGCCGCCGUUAUCGCUACCGCUGCCGCCAACAUCGCCGAGGUACAACACUGAACAAGGAGCUAUGGACCAGCAAUUUUGUUUACGCUGGAACAAUCAUCCUACAAAUUUGACCGGCGUGCUCACCUCACUGCUGCAGCGUGAGGCGCUCUGCGAUGUCACCCUCGCCUGUGAGGGUGAAACAGUCAAGGCACAUCAAACCAUACUGUCAGCCUGCAGUCCAUAUUUCGAGACGAUUUUCCUACAGAAUCAGCAUCCACAUCCCAUCAUCUAUUUGAAAGAUGUCAGAUACUCAGAGAUGCGCUCCCUGCUCGACUUCAUGUACAAGGGCGAGGUCAAUGUGGGCCAGAGCUCGUUGCCCAUGUUUCUUAAAACCGCCGAAAGUCUGCAGGUGCGCGGUCUCACAGACAACAACAAUCUGAACUAUCGUUCCGAUUGCGAUAAGAUGCGCGACUCGGCCGCCAGUUCGCCAACUGGACGUGGUCCCAGCUAUGGGGGCCUCGGUGCCGAUGUUCGUGACUCUCGCGACUCGUUGCGCUCCCGCUGCGAACGCGAUCUGCGCGACGAUCUGCAGCGCAGCAGCAGCAGUCUCAGCCUCAGCGAACGCAGCUCGGCCGCUGCUGCUGCGGCGGCAGCGGCUGCCGCUGUUGCGGCCGCCGGUGGCAAUGUGAAUGCCGCUGUCGCUGCGCUGGGGCUGACAACCAGCGCCGGCGAACGAUCUCCCAGCGUGGGCAGCGCCAGUGCUGCUGCAGCUGCAAUGGCCGCCGCUGUGGCGGCUGCUGCCAAUCGGAGUGCGAGUGCCGAUGCACUGAAUAGUCGCGGCGAUGCAUGCAGCGAUCGGGGCAGCGAUAGAGGCACGCUCGAGCGUGCUGACAGUCGGGAUGAGUUGCUGCAGCUGGACUACAGUACUAAGGAUAACAAUAAUAGUAACAGCAACAACAACAACAACAACAAUAAUAAUAACAACAACAACAGCAGCAACAACAACAGCAGUAGUAGCAACAACAACAACAACAACAAUAGCAGCAGCAACAACAACAACAACAACCGAGAGCGCAAUGAUAGCAGAGACAGAGAUCGUGACAGGGAGCUCUCGACGACGCCGGUAGAUCAGCUGUGUAGUAGUAAGCGCAGACGUAAGAACUCAUCAUCCAACUGUGAUAAUUCGUUGUCCUCGAGCCAUCAUGCGAAUGCGGCCCACAUACAGGACAGGCACUACGCGCAGGACUCUCAGGCCAGUGCACACAGCAAUUUCAAGUCGAGUCCUGUGCCGAAGACAGGCGGCAGCACAUCAGAGUCGGAGGAUGCGGGCGGCUGCAGACGCGAUUCCCCCCUGUCCAUGACAGUCGGACAUCUGGGCGUGGGCGGUGGCAAUGUGGGCGCGGCCAGUAUUAAGCAGGAGCUAAUGGAUGCACAGCUGCAGCAACAGCAGCAUCGCGAGCAUCAUGUCGCCCUGCCUCCCGAUUACUUGCCGAGCGCCGCCACAAUGAAAAUGCACGCCGAGGACAUGACAACGCUCCUGACACAGCAUGCGCUGCAGGCCGCCGAUGCGCGGGAGGAGCACAACGACGCCAAACAGUUGCCACUCGAUCAGACGGACAACAUUGACGGCGCCUCUGUUCGUCACCAUCUCUCGACACCGCUCUCGACCUCAUCGUCGGCCUCGCCACCCCCGCCCCCCUUCGGGAUGCAUCUGUCGGCGGCCCUGAAGAGCGAAUACAAUCCGUUGCACUACAUACGCGCCGCCGGCAACAAUGGCCACAACAGCGCCGGGGGCACGCCCCCCGCCCACGGUGGCUAUAAUCAGGCACACGCGGCCGCCUUGGGCGGAUCGAGCACACCGACGAGCACCGGGCACAAUUCACAUCACACCAUGUCGUACCACAAUAUGUUCACGCCGUCCCGCGAUCCCGGCACCAUGUGGCGCUGUCGCUCCUGCGGCAAGGAGGUCACCAAUCGUUGGCAUCACUUUCACUCCCACACCGCCCAGCGAUCGAUGUGUCCCUAUUGCCCGGCCACCUACAGUCGGAUCGACACGUUGCGCUCGCAUCUGCGGGUCAAGCAUCCGGAUCGUCUGCUCAAGCUGAACUCCUCGAUAUAAGGAUAUGCAACAGCAAACGAGAGAAAUCCCAACAACUACAACUACAAAGCACAGCAAAAAAAAUAUAUAAAUAUAUAUAAAAGAAAGUAAUGAAAACUGGCGCGCAAAUUUAUUAAAAGAAAAAGAAAAAGAUAAAAGCGUUUCCUACUAAAGUGUAAGUUAUUUUUGACUCGGGAGUCCUAUGAACAUCCAUCGAUAUCUAAAAAUAGUAUAAAAACAGAUCCUUACUGUAUGUAAUCCUUUGCAUUUAGUCGCCUCCAAAGUCGCUUGUACAUGAAAACAAUGAAAUGAAUUCGAUUUAACGCCUCAAGCAAUAACCCAAAACAUAUAGAACCGAAGAUGCUAAAAAGAAAAACUAAAAACUAAAUAAAUAAAUAACAAUAUAAUACAGCAGGCAUACAUAUAUACAAGUACAGAUAUAAAUAUAUAAAACCACGUAUAUAUGCUUAGUAUAAAUACAAAGAACAUACCAUAUAUGAAUGGCUAGUUUUAACUCUCUUUUUUCCUAACAACAACAAAUGUAACGAGCAAGAUGCAUAAAAACACACUGAUAUGAAAAAGGAGGAGGACUAAUCGAGAUAUAGAGAGCGCGAUAUAUAUUCACUUGAAAACGGUUUCGGUUGCUUGACAAGGAAAUUGGAAAAUUGGAAGCAAAAUUUGAAUUGAUGUUAAAUCGAACUACAAACAAAAAACUUUAAAGGUUUCUGCGUGUUGUUUCCUAAUCCAAAACAAAAGAAAACACAAAAAAAUAAACCUACACAUAUGCUACACAUUAUAAUUACAUUUAAAAUUAAAAUUACAAAUUUAAAUAAUAAUGAUAUGAUGAAUAUAUACUAUAUAUACACAUAAAUGUAAAGCGUUUAGUUGCAAACAAAAAAAAAAGAAAAGAAAAUAACGUUAAGCGUUAAAGUAAAAUUUAAAUGUAAAACAGUCAAAGUCCCCUUACUCGUACUACUCAUAAAUAUCAGAUGUCACAUUAGUAUUUAGUUUGCAUACACACACACACACACCCACACACACACACAUAUACAUAUAUGUAUGUAUAUGUUUGUAUAUAUAAUUUGUUUAAUUUUACCACCUAAUUUUAAUCGUAUUGAUAAUAAUUUGCAAAGAGUACAUUACACACAUUACUCAAAGAACUACGAAGAAAUUUUGAUAUACCUCAGAUGCAUUUCAGUUUUAUUGUUGAUGGAUUGCUUAAUUUUAAAGAAAAUCAAAUAGAAACUACUACUACUACUACUAUGUUAAUUUAAUUGCCACACACACACACAUACACACAAAUAUACACACACACACAAGCGCAUACAUAAGUAAAUGGCAAAUCAUUUGAAAUGUUUGUUUGUUUAUUUUUGAAUUGUUUGUUUUCUUAGAUUCUUAGUUGAGCGUGUAAAUGUGUUUUUAACCUUUUUUUUGUAUGUAUGGUUAAAGUUCUUGAUAAGUUGUAAGUUUUUAGACUAAAUGCGAACCACUUGAACCACCUCACAUUUUUUGUUAAACAUUAAUUAAUAAGCUUGCUUAUAUAUUUAUACAAACUACAAACUAUAAAUACAAAUACAACUACAAGAAUAAAAAUUAAUUGAUAAAUACAAAAAAAAAAAUAAAAAUAAAGUAAACAACAUAUAAAAAUAUAUAAAUUAAAUAAUUUGUGUAAAACUUUAAAUAUAAUCAAAGUUGAAUUCAAAACAAAAACAAAAAAAAUCAUAUCAGACGUUGCUAAGUAAAGUCAAUGUUAAAUCGAAACAAAAUUAAUUUCAAAUUAAAAAAAAAAAAAAACAACUUACUUCUUGUAAGUUACUAAUACUACUACAAACUUAUGCUAAUUAGAAUCCAUCAGACCAUUUGAGAACUUUAUUCUAAUACUAUUUGAACGUCCUUGCGUUAUGUAAUUAAUUUUAAACAUUUUGUGAUAGGCAAAAUUAUGGUUUGGCACUUAUUCAAAAUGAUUACAAACUAAACACACAAAAACAAAGCAAACACACAAACAAAAAAAAAAUAAAAAUAAAAAAUCAAUGUGAUAUUUUC